CCUUCUGUAAUGAUAAUAUUUCACCCUCUGAACUUCUUAUAUGGAUUAUCUUCUCUAGAAGGUGACGGGUUUGAUUACUUUGGAACAUAAACUCGAUAUCACAAGGUUAGCUAGUAUGUACAAUCAAAUGUAAAAGUGUAAGAAAAAACUUCAUAAAGAUUACAUUGCAAGAAUGUAUUUGAAAUAAUUGUAAGCACGUAAGUAUUCUUUUUCAAGCUCCCAGAAAAGUAAAUGCAGUCCUACAUCAUCUAGAAACUCGAGUUUUGGAUGAAAAUUUGGCCGUUUUCUAUUUCAAUUUUCAUAUAUUUUAACAGCUUUCUACUCCAGUGUUAGUUAUCAAACGUUUACGAGAUGAUAUUCCUCGAAAAGAAUAUUUUCGAAAUAAUCUUUUUUACUAAUUAAAAAUAUAAAAGAAAAAUUGCUAUCCACUCAAUGUUGGGCUUCCAAAUCCGGGCCUUUUCAAAUAGGAACUCAUCGAGCAACCCAUGUCAACGCAACAACCCACGUGAAAGAAAAUCGAUGGCAAAGGAAGAAAGAAGAUAAUGAUGGAGUCGUGUCAUUUUCUCGUUCGCAGCUGCUCCUCUGUUCUUCUUCCCGCUCGGAGAGCUUUCUGACCGAAGUUCAUUCACUAAAGAACUCCCAAAUCGGAGUUUUGGGUAUAUAUAUAUAUGUUGCAAUGCAAAGGCAGAACCAGAAUGUACUGCAAUGUAAAACUUUGAUCAGUUUUGGAUUACACCCAAAUGAGAAACUGGAGUCGAGAAUCCCCAUUUUGAUUCCCCGCUGGCUUUCGUCGGAGAAAGAACCCGUUCGAUUGUCGAUUACAAGACCCGAAGUUCCAAGACACCAAUUGUUGUACAAGAGUAAAAUGAGAGUUAAUGCUGGAAAUCAGGGGGAGAUGGGUGAUGAGGAUGAUGAUCUUUGCCCUGUAGACUGUGUGCGGGAAUUCAAGACGGACGAAGAGUUCAUUAAAAUUCUAGACAAGGCGAAGGAAAACGGCGGUUUGGUAGUUGUGGACUUUUAUCGAACAUCUUGUGGGAGCUGCAAAUAUAUAGAACAAGGGUUUGCAAAAUUGUGCAAGGGGUCUGGCGAUCAACAGGCACCGGUUAUCUUCUUGAAGCAUAAUGUCAUGGAUGAAUACGAUGAACAAUCUGAGGUUGCUGAACGACUAAGGAUCAAGAGUGUGCCACUGUUCCACUUCUACAAAGAUGGGGUCUUGUUAGAAGCAUUUCCUACAAGAGAUAAAGAGAGGAUCCUCACAGCCAUAACCAAAUAUUCCUCUUCUCCACUUCAAAUUUAAUUUGAUCAUUAUUCUUGUGGCCUUGCACCUUUUGUAAAAUAAUAAUACCAAACAAAACCAUGAAUCUGAUACAAACCCCAUUCAUCCCGUUUAUGUGACAAUGUUAGUUAUCAUAUCUUGGGAGGAACCAUAUUCUUGAUCAUCAUAUUUUGUGUUAUGUAAGAUCAAAUAUUAGAAGAUAUUCAGACA